UUCUAUUUAAUGGUUUUAUGAUAAAGUUAUUAUUAUUUUUUUAUCAAUCUAUCAAUUAAUAAAUUGUUGAAUUGAGUUUGUGUUAGUUGAAGAACAAUUACAAAGAUAUUUCCAACAAAAAAAUGGAACUAACAAAUAGCGAAGAAUUUACCAUGAACCCAUCAACUCCAAACGGCACUUGGGAUCUAUCUGAAAAAAUGAUAAACCUGGAAAGGGAUGGUGAUCUUCCGCCGACGUCUUCUUCAAUAGAAUUAGGAAACUCCAGUGAAGAUGAAAUGAAUAAAAAUAAAAAAGUAGAUUUUGUACUGGCUUACAUGGACGACGGUAAUUUAUCUCAUGCGCAAAAACGCGAGGAGUAUCAAACCGCGUUGCGUGAUCAAGGACUAGAAUUGUACCAUGAACAAACUGGAUCUGUAUGUUUCAUUAAAAUAUAUGCUCCUCAGGAAGUUCUUUGUAGAUACUGUGAAAUAAUGAAGCUUAAAAUGCCAAUAAAGUUACUGACAACAGAUGCCUUAGAAGAUAAACAGACAGAUUUAUUCGACGAUGCGCGAUCUUGGUUCAUAAAUUUAUUCCGAUUCGUUCAGUUGGACCCAGAUAAAUUUCCGAAGAAAGAACGGAAUCUCUUGACAGAAUUCUCUCGAGACAAAGAUUAUUUAUUCGAUGUAGGAAAUGAAAAUUUUUUCCCCACGAAUGUUCGGAUUAUGAUAGUGGAGUUUAUUUUGGAACGUCAGUGUGAGGGAAUUCAUCGACUUGUAGACAGUGGUUGUUAUUCUGCCGCUUACCCACUUCAUGAUGGAACUUACAAACAAAAAGGGACUGUCCGAGCUUUACUGUACGAAGAAUGGGGAGCAGCAAAUAAAUGGAUAAAAAUCCAACCUCUGGAUACAAUACAGGAAUAUUUUGGAGUAACAUAUGCCAUAUACUUCGCAUGGCUAGGAUUUUAUACAUAUAUGUUAAUACCAGCUAGCAUCGUUGGGCUGUUAUGUUUCUUUUAUGGAUUGAUAACUCUAAACUCAAACCAGACAGUGAUAGACGCUUGUUCACCCUGGGCAAACGAUGUGAUAAUGUGUCCGCAGUGCGAUUUCUACUGCGACUACUGGCGCCUCAAUACAACCUGCAUCCUCACCAAAGUAACAUUGCUUUUCGACAAUGAAACAACGAUUGUUUUUGGAGCAUUCAUGUCAUUUUGGGCUGUCCUGUACUUGGAAUUAUGGCGACGAAGAUCCGAAGAACUGAUCCACCGUUGGGGGCUGGUAGGCUGGGACCAAGGAGCUGAUCAUCCACGUCCUCAGUAUCUGAAAAUGUUGAGUAAGAUAAAAAUAUUCAAAGCCAAGGAGAAGUUGAAUGCGGUUACUAUGGAAAAGGAACCUCAUGUAAGCUUUUGGAAAGUUCGUGUUCCGGCGACGAUGCUCAGUUUUACUGUUGUUAUUAUUCUGGUGCUGACUGCUCUUGCUGCGGUGUUUGCGGUCGUUUUGUACCGCAUGUUCCUUAAUGCUUCCAGUAAAAUUUUUAAUGAGCUCGAUUUUGAUAAUACGCAGUAUCAAAAUUUUGCAAUACCCGUUAGCGCAGCAGCUAUGAAUCUUGUUUGUGUUUUAAUAUUAAAUUAUUUCUACGACUGGGUCGCAGUCUAUUUGACAGAAAUGGAAAUGCCAAGAACUCAAGCGGAAUUUGACGAUAGUUUAACAUUAAAAAUUUAUAUAUUUCAAUUUGUUAAUUAUUACGCAUCGAUAUUUUACGUUGCAUUUUUAAAAGGAAAAUUAGUCGGAUAUCCAAAAAAAUACAAUAGAAUAUUUAAUUUCAGGCAAGAAGAAUGCGCACCAGGAGGGUGUCUAAUGGAACUCUGCAUCCAGUUGGCAAUAAUAAUGGUCGGUAAACAAGCAGUUUACACAAUAGUAGAAAUGGUAUUGCCAGUGAUAUUAAAAUGGUGGGCGCUGUUCCGCGUUCACACUGGACUGAAGCGCAAAGAUCCAAAUGUUCCACGAACACGUUGGAGCCAAGACUUCCGUCUGGUCGACUGGGGACCUCGGGGACUCUACGAUGAGUACCUUGAGAUGGUGAUACAGUUCGGGUUCAUCACUCUCUUCGUUGUCGCAUUUCCUCUAGCUCCUUUGUUCGCGCUCGCUAAUAAUGUCCUGGAAAUGCGAUUGGACGCGACUAAAUUUCUGCGACAUUAUCGGCGACCUGUUCCACGUCGUGCGAGAGAUAUCGGCAUCUGGAAGCAAAUUCUUGACGCUCUGGCUCGUAUUUCUGUGACCACUAACGCAUUUAUUAUCGCAUUUUCUUCCAAUUUUAUUCCACGGCUCGUCUACAUGCACUCAGUGAGUCCUGAUCACACAGACGUUGGCUUCCUGAACCACAGUCUGGCCUACUUCAACACUAAAGACUUCCCUCCAGCGUACGCACCACAAAACACGACCUUUGAAAACGUCACCGUCUGCCGCUACGCAGAGUACCGAAAUCCUCCAGAUCACCGCGAGCUUCCUUACAAACGACCGACGCUUUAUUGGAAAAUUUUGGCCUGGAGGUUUAUUUUUGUAGUAAUUUUUCAAAGUGUUGUUGGUAUAUUCACUAUGAUAGUGCAGUGGUGUCUCUCCGGGGUACCGAGGGAAUUACGCGAUCGUACGAAACGCGAGGCUUACCUCACGGAACAGAUUAUCAUCACGCGAGAAGCCGAAAGGGCUAAAGUAAGAGCUCGAUCUGUUAAUCGAUUCGUUUCCACUGGCAAUCAGUUGAGACGACGGUCUACUAAUGUCUCAGAUUCAAUUGAUCUUUAAAUUUAUUUCAUUAAUUAUUGACGCAAGAGAAUCUAAAAUUAUAUUAUUGUUUAGUUUCACGUCAUCAGAAUAAUCAUGAAAAUUUUU